AUGCAGGUCAACAAGGAACGUGCUCCAAAUGAGAAAAAAUUAAAGUGGGAGCGGAGCAUUGCCCUACCACAGAACGGAAAGAGCAAACGAGUGGCACAACAGGCCAGAGCGGAACGGAACGGAACGUCAGCGGAACGGGGAAGAAAAGGAACUGUGAACGGAAACGGAACGCAAGGGAGGGAAGGGAAGGCAGAAGCCCUGUAUGAUGAAGCACGACUACUGGCCAUAGGGGGGUGGGACCACGAGGACCAGGAGCAGGGACAGCAGGGGGGGGAAGAGAAAGGCCAGGAGCAGGGGAUGGGGUGCGGUUCGAAGGGGGGAAGUAUUGGCUCUGGUAGAUUGGAAAGGGGAUAG